AUGUAUUCACCUCAGGAAAAUAAACGAGACUGUUACUGUACUGAAUUCAGGGAUCGGCAUCCUCAUGCCAUCCUUUUCAACAUUCUCAACCGCAAAGACAGCUGUGGUCUAGGACACGACAACUGGGAUUAUUCUGGGAUGCACAAUUGUCACUGCGAGCAACGGAAACUAGUGUGCUUGAGGAACUCAGCGAGUACGUGCCAAGCAGCAUCUGAAGUGCUGGUAAAAACCAUUCAUUUUAUGAAAAGCCUACCUUCCUUCCACCACCUACCAUGCAUCGAUCAGCUCUUGCUUCUUCAGAGCUGCUGGGCACCACUUUUUGUCCUGGGCCUGGCACAAGAGCACAUGGUGUUCGAGGUAACAGACAUACCCACAGCUAGCAUCCUCCGAAACCUCCUGCUGAACCACCAAAAGAGAACCAACGAGCAGGAGACAGAUGACUCUCCAACCACCUUACAAGCUGUGCAUAACCUGAAUUCCUGCUUGAACAAACUAUGGAGCCUUGAUCUCACUGCUAAGGAGUAUGCAUAUCUCAAAGGUGCAAUAUUAUUCAAUCCAGAUGUAUCUGGUCUAAUGAGCUGCAAGCACAUUGAGGGGCUUCAGAAGGAGUCUCAGCGAGUUCUGCAUGAAGUCAUCCAGACUCUUCAUCCAAACGACCAUGGUCGAUUCACUUGCGUCCUGCUUACAGCGUCUUCUCUAAGGACAGUGGCCCAAAGUUUUGUGACAGAACUAUUUUUCAGGCCUGUCAUUGGCCAAACAGACCUUCUAGAACUACUGACUGAAAUUCUCUUCAGCUAAUAGGAAUUUCUGACCUGUUUGAAGUGGAUGAUUUUAUUUGGUUUAUACUUCCGUUACUGUAUUUAGGUAUUUGUUUGUCAAUUUUUACAGACGUUAAAUACAUUUUGAGUGACGUUGUCUACUUUAUACUCUACUGUCUUUCUUCUAUAUUACUCCAGUUACAUUUGCAUUUUAUUGGACAAGUAAAGGAAAAAAUAUUUAGUAAAACAUUUUUGGAUAUAGAUUUUAAUACUCAAUACUGUCUGUGAGAAAUAACAGUUGAACUGUCAC